AGUUAUUAGUUCUCAGUUGGGCAGGCUUGGAAGUUUUUCUCAUUUAUUUAGUCUUUAGCAUAUUAAUUUACAUGCAAGUCCUGUAUUGAGGCCCCUCAAAAUCAUUUAACACAUAGAACAAUAUAAAAUUCGUAUAAAUUCAAUUUCGCAAGAGAAAGUCUUAUCGAUCGAUUGAUCGAUACCAAGUUUUGGCAAUUCGAAUAUGGAGGAAUAUUCACGUGAACCCUGCCCCUAUCGCAUUGUGGAUGACUCUGGCGGCGCUUUUGCCAUGGGCUCCAUUGGCGGUGGCAUCUUUCAAGCGCUGAAGGGAUUCAGAAAUGCUCCGCAGGGCCUAAGCCGUCGCCUGGCGGGCAGCAUGAUAGCUGUGAAGGCCCGUUCGCCCGUAAUAGCCGGCAAUUUCGCUGCCUGGGGCGGCAUGUUCAGCACCAUCGACUGCACCCUGGUCCACUUUAGGAAGAAGGAGGAUCCGUGGAACUCCAUUAUUAGCGGUGCGGCCACUGGUGGCAUUCUGGCAGCACGGAACGGUCUGGCCUCCAUGGCGGGCAGUGCUAUCAUUGGCGGCAUUCUGCUCUCCCUGAUCGAGGGCGUUGGCAUACUCCUGACGCGCAUCUCGGCCGAACAGUUUCGAAAUCCAGCGCCACCCAUGGACCCGCAAGAGGCCGGCGUUAACAUUCUGGAACCGGAUGCAUCCAAGGGAUUCGGUUUCGGCAGCCGUGCACCGAAUGUUAAUUCCUAAAUGAAAAUUUCUUGACAGUUGUAAACCUUGGACCUCCUACAUCCCGACAAAUGUGUGACCAAGCUAUCCCUCAAAAUUAUUUUUAACUUUUAAACCCAUUCGGUUAACGUAUAAUACACGAUGAUAUCUACAUCAGACGAAAAUUACA